CGAUCUUUCCGCGCUGCGCGGACACCCGCCGGUGGAGGAAGGAACGGUUCUGCCGCCCUUCGCUUCUUUUGUUGGGCUGCUGUUUCGGAGUCAUGGCGCCGUCGCUAUGGAAGGGGCUGGUGGGCAUCGGCCUCUUUGCCCUAGCCCACGCGGCCGUUUCCGCUGCGCAGCAUCGUUCUUAUAUGCGAUUAACAGAAAAGGAAGAUGAAUCACUGCCAAUAGAUAUAGUUCUUCAGACACUUCUGGCCUUUGCAGUUACCUGUUACGGUAUAGUUCAUAUUGCAGGGGAGUUUAAAGACAUGGAUGCCACUUCAGAACUAAAAAAUAAGACAUUUGACACACUAAGGAAUCACCCAUCAUUUUAUGUAUUUAAUCAUCGUGGUCGAGUACUGUUCCGGCCUUCGGAUACAACAAAUUCUUCAAACCAAGAUGCAUUGUCCUCUAACACAUCAUUGAAGUUACGAAAACUUGAGUCACUGCGUCGUUAAGAUUUUUACAAAUUAUAAUAACAGGACAGGACACAAAGCUGGAAUAUUGGAGUUUGGGAUACAAAACACUCCCCCAUCAGUAUUUAUAUUGAUCGCUCAGACCUAAUUAAAAAAGUCUACAACCCUUA